CUUUACUUCUCCUUUUACACAAAUAGCCUGGACAUCUGUGUUACCAGUCUUGUGGUAGCCACUUCAUAGAUAAACACCAAAUCCUGCCUGAAGGACUGAGGCAAAGUGCCUGUAAAAGGGCAAGGGUAUUACAGCAUGGGCAUGAGUAGCUUGAAAUUGCUGAAGUAUGUAUUAUUUUUCUUCAACUUGCUCUUUUGGUUCUGUGGCUGCUGCAUUUUGGGCUUUGGGAUCUACCUCCUGAUCCACAACAGCUUUGGAGUACUCUUCCAUAAACUCCCUUUUCUCACACUGGGCAAUGUUCUUGUCAUCGUGGGCUCCAUUAUCAUGGUAGUUGCCUUCCUGGGCUGCAUGGGAUCUAUCAAGGAGAACAAGUGCCUGCUUAUGUCGUUCUUUGUCCUGCUGCUGAUUAUUCUCCUUACUGAGGUGACCUUGGCCAUUCUGCUUUUUGUGCAUGAGCAGAAGCUGAAUAGCUAUGUGGCGGAGGGACUGACUGAGAGCAUUGAACGUUACUACUCAGACAACAGCACCAAGGCAGCAUGGGACUCCAUCCAGUCAUUUCUGCAUUGUUGUGGUGUAAAUAGCACAAAAGACUGGACCAGGGGCCUACCAGCAUCUUGCCCCUCAGAAGAAGGAGUUAAGGGUUGCUAUAUACAAACACAAGAGUGGUUUCACUCCAAUUUCCUGUAUAUUGGAAUCAUUACCAUCUGUAUAUGUGUGAUCCAGGUGCUGGGAAUGUCCUUUGCAUUGACCCUGAACUGUCAGAUUGAUAAAACCAGCCAGGCCAUAGGGCUGUGACCCAUAAUUGCUCUCUGUUGGAGAGACGUUUCUUCUCUGGAAAUCUGAAACCACUCAUAGCAUGAAGCCCCAGAUGAUCUCCUGCUGGACUGACAUCUUUUGUCCUCAUCUCUUCCCUGUUUGGGUCCCUGUCUUAUACUCCCAGAGAAGAGGGUGUUGGCAAGGCACUUCCUUUCUCAGACAGUGAGACCACCAUUUACCUAGUGAUGGCAGCAGCCAUGUCCCUCAAAGUGGUGAAACAUACCUGAAAAUACUUUUAGACACAAGAGGCUAAGAAAACCUGUGGCACUAGUGGCUCAAGAUCAAGGAAUGGGUUAGGGAUUUGAAUAUUUGAAUAUUCCUGUCGUUAAAUCAGUCUCCAGCUUCUAACUCAUGCUCAGCCUACUCUACAAUGUCGUUCAAGAGAUACACUCAAGGUAGUACUGGAUCCAGUCAUUUGUGAUAUCUUAUAUAACUGCAGUUGAGUGGUCAGUCAUGGCUGCAAUCAUCUCAAUCCUCACCUGGCAGGUUAUACAUUAUCAAUAUCUCACAUGGUUGCUGGCAGGUUUCAAAUCUUUGCCACACAUGCAUUUCCAGAGGGCUGUCUUAUGACAUAACAUGUCAUCCCUGGUGUUGCUCCAUAGUGAGACAUCUAAGAGAGAGUAAGAUAUAGAACCAAACACAGAAACCUUUUUAAACUUAACUCAUCAUCAUAUUAGUUCUGCUGUACCAAAUUCCUUGAAGUGAGUCAAAAAAUUCAGUCUAUACUCAAGGGUGUGAAUGCCAUAGGGGUGGAGAUUAUUAGUGUUAAUCUAAGAGUUUCACAUGUAUAUAGGUACCACCAAACUCAUUAGGUUAAGAACCAUGCCAUGUUUGUUGGAUCAAGAAAAUAAGUUAAAUUAUCUGUAGACCACUAUAUUUGUAAAGCAGAAAUUUAGAACAUAUCUAAUAUACAGACCAAGACAGAGAACUCAAAAAAGGAAUAGAGAAGAAUUGAUGUCUGUUCUUGAAGUUUUGCACAGGAUUCUUUACUUCCCUUUAAGGAAAACUGGUCAUUUCAAUAGUAGCUUAUAGGGAAUCCAACAUCUUUUACAUUUUCCUAGGCACAGAAGGUAUACAGGAAACAUUUUUUUGAGUUGUACAGGUAUCAAACAUCUCAUAUAUACAAAAUAAAACUUAGCACUGUGUCUUCCAAACAUGCUCUUUUUUGUUCUCCAUACCACUGAAUGAUAAAGCUUCUCACUAAGUCUUCUUAACCAUAACCUGAGCUUUGUUGUUAAAUCUUCUCUGUCCUUCACUCCCAACAACUAGUCAGGCAUGAGGUUCUAACUAUUCACCUACUAAAUAUUAUCAAAAUCAUCCAUUCUCUUCAUCUUAUUUCUUACCCAUAUCCCUUCAACAGUCCUCCACUAUCAGUCUAUUUUCUAAGUAUUUAUCAUUGACACCAUCUAUGCUGUUCUCCAUAUAGCCAAAAACAUAUUUCUAAAAUUUAAAUAUAAUUAUAUUUUCAUACUUGAUACCCUUCAAUUACGGUUCUAAAUGAUGUCCCAUUCUUAGCUCACCAGCCUCACCUCUUUCCAUUCUUAUUCUUGCAUGCUAUGCCUUUGCUUUGUUGAUUUUUUUAUUUAGUUGUAGUAGGCUUUAUCUAUGUUGAUUAACCUUUCCCACUUGUUACUCCCAUUGUCUGGACAAUCCUCACCCUUUCUAUAAGAAAGAUUUCUCUAAUCUCAUAAAGUUUGAUAUUGAUUGCAGCACCAUAUUUUAUUUAUAUAUUAAGGUAUCAUUUAAUAUUUAUGAGAUAUCAUACUAAGAACUUUACAUUUUUCCAUUUAAAUUUAAACAAAAUCUCUCUUGUAUGUACCUAUGUAACAGUCAUAGAAAGUUCACUGCUCUUAUCACAGUUAUAAAUAUUCUCUUAAAGAUCUUAUCAACUUUUAAUUGCUUCAUUUACUCAUCUUUAGUAACUCUCAACCUGAUCAAUUUAUAAAGAGAGAGUAAAGCUACACAUUAAGUAUAAAUAAAAACUGAGCCAGACUGAAACAGUAGCAAGACAGAAAGGAGUGUUUUCAAAGUGGGAAAGGAGUUGUUUCAUUAAGAGUAAGUGAGAGAAAUCAGAAGAAAAAGAAAAGGAGAAAAGUUUGAUCCUUAGGAUUAUGCCUUUCCAAAAAUAAUUAUAAUAAUCAUCAAAUUGAUUAGAAGAGGGAAGUGGUUCUUUUUUUAAUCUUGAUUCUAAGUGAUUUCCAGGGAUUAGCAGAAAGGAAAAAUGAGUAAAUUUUAAUCAAUGUGCACAAUUAUUUUAUUUUGUUUUUUUCAAAGUGCACAGUUUUAAUGCUGCAAAGUAAGUCCUGGAGAUCUUUUGUACAGAAAAGUGACAAUAACUAACAGUUCUGUAUUUCAUUACUUUAAAAUUUGGUAAUAUGGUAGAUCUGUUAAGUUUCUUUAUCACAUAUAAAUGGACUAAUAAAUAAGCCAUGGGGGAAAAUUUGGAGGCAAUGGAUUUGUUUAAUAUAUAUGUAUAUAAUAUAAUAUAAUAUAUAGUAGUUAUGGUUUCACAUAUAUACAGG